UUAUCCCAGUAUAUAUUAUUUCUCUAUGUUUUCUAACAAGAAUUUUAAUUUUUAACCUUUCUGAAUGCUGAUCUGUGUUUUUUUCGUGUUUACCGUGGUGUUAGCAAUUAUCACCAGUAAUCAGUAUUAACUUCAUAUCCUCAUUAAUAAAAACAUCAAUAUAUUAAAAAACUCAAGCAGUGAAAUGGCUGGUCCUAUGGAUAGAAUUCAAGUAUUGGACGAAAUUGAAAAAGACAUCAUCACUUGCCUGCAGUGUGCUGCUCAAGCACUUCUUGAACUAGGAAAGGAAAAAUCAAGUCAAAAACAAGCAGAGAGUAAUACAUCACAAUUUUUAAGAACACUCAGCCAAGUGGAGUCAAAAUUAAGUGACCAGAUUAAUUACCUGACUCAAGUGUCUACAGGGCAACCUCAUGAGGGUUCUGGUUAUGCUUCUCAAAAGGUUUUACAAAUGGCAUGGCACAGAUUAGAGCAUGUUCGAUCAUGGAUUAAUGAAUUGGAGAGGUUAAAGGCUUCACAUUUAGCUGCAAGUAGUAGAACAGUUACUGGUAUACCUAAUGGUGGUACUAUGACCUCAUCAGGAACCAGCACUCAAUAAAUUUCAUAUUUGACCAUUUA